GUAGCUCUUCACGGGGCCUCCCCUGGGUGUGGGGGGCCGCCGCUCCUCCAGCAGGGUCCUCAGGAUGGCUCGGACCUCCUCUAUCUUCCGCAGGACAGGCCGGUGCAGCUGGAGGAGGGCCCCAAGCCCGGGGUAGAUGUUGAAGAGCUGGAGGUGGAGGACAAGACGGCGGGUGGGGUUGGGGUUCAGGCCUCACAGCGGGCCCCACACCCUCCAGCAGCCUUCAUCCUCCUGGGACGGCCCGCUUCGGCGAGGAGGCCAGAUCCUCCCACCCAGAGGACGUCAGAGGCUCCUAGGACUGAAGCAUGAGGACCGGAGACUCCAUGGCCAGCUCCUGCUUCACGGCCGUAACCACACACACCAUGACCGGAUGCGUGCGCUUAGCGACCUAUCACAGAAAUGGUCACGAUGGCGAACACGUCACGCUUUGGAAGAGAGCACAGUGCUGAGACCACCCCCCACCCCGAGGCCGGGAGCAGCCACCUCUCACCUGUAGGCUGGGGGUCCCCAAGAGGACCAUGACCUCAUCAAUAAGGCUCAGCAGGGACACGAACACAGGAUCCUGGUAUUCGAACCGCCGGCCAAAGAGCAGCGUGAAUGUGAUGUUGGAGGGGGCCCAGCCCAGCAGGGCCAGGGGGAAGGGCUGGCCUGGAGUGGGAGGGAGACAGGCCUCAGGGGGUGAGGGGGCCCCCACAGGAGGGUGUCCUGGCCCCCACUCACCUCCGUAGCAGUCCAGCUGCCCCAUGAGGCACCUCAGCUCCUGCAGGACCUUGUCAGCCACGGGCCCCCUCCCCACACCCAGGCUGUGGAGGGUGCGCACGGUGAACUGGCGGGCGGCCCUCCAGCGCGCCCCCGAUGAGAAGAAGAUGCCUGCAGGCCAGACGAGUUUCCCAUGAGCAACUCUGGGUGAUGCAGCCAGCCAGCACCACCGUCUUCUGGCGUCCCAAGUGGACAGUGAACACUGUCCCGUACCGUUCUGAGAGCUGGUGGGGACAGGCAGGAAUCAGCCAGCGGCCCCACCCCCAAGCCCCCUGAAACAGCAGAGAGGGCUCCUUGGAACCCCAAGACGAGGAGGUGGGCGGUAGGAGGGGCUGUCUGCGGGGUGGCCUGUGCUAGAAGCCCAGAGGUCUGCACAGGGAGCAGAGGCCCUGUCCCCGCUCAGAUGCCCCCAGCAUUGAAGCCCAGACGGACAGGAGCAGGGGGUGCCCAGACCUCACAUGAACCCCUGUGCCCAGCCUGGAGAGACAGAACUAGACUGCAGGGCAAGGGCUAGCCUCUGGUUCCUCUGCGUGUGCCCAUCCCCCUUCUGUGCCUUUACACAUGGGGAAACUGAGGCCCGGAGGCAAGAUGUGUACUGCCGUCCAUCACACGCACCGAGGGACGGAGCCAGACCUGCCCUUCCUGUCCACACCCGCUCCACUCCCCACACUGGACGGUGGCCCCUGGGUGCGACACCGGGCACGGCCUGAGAACCCCGGUGCCCAGGGUGCUUCCUGCAGUAGCUCCCCUGAGGGUCCACCCACACGCAGGGCCGGGGGGGCCACCAGGAAGCAGCAGUGCUUCUGGAGAAGGACGGGGGCGUGAUGGCGGGAGCUGUGGUUGGGGCAGGGCUGGCUGUGCAGGCCUUGUGGGGCGGGUGACCAGGCCUGCACCUCUGCUUCACGCUCUGGGCCGGCCAUUCCUGGUUGCAGGGCAGGGCAGCCCGCCCGCAACAUGGGGCCGGGACCAUGUAGCCUCCAACUCAGGCUGGGAGCAGCCACACCCGGCAGGCGCCCUCCACCGCAGGCACAUUUGUGUGCUAGUCCUGGUUCCUUCCCUCACGGGACCUCUGCCGCGUGGUCCUACACUCCGGGAGCAACUGCCUCCUCCCCUCCACUGCCCCCAGUCUGGGCUCUUCUGUAGGCGCUCAUCAAAUGCUGCCUACUCCAGGAAGCCCUCGUGGCCUGACACUCCUGGCCCCUUGCUCCUUAAACGGCCCAUCUGCUUCCCUGUAGGGUGGGACAUCUUUCUCUUCCUCAAGGCAGGGUGGGCAGUUGGGCCUGUUUUGUCCCCUGCCAGGCCAGCGCCAGGCCGGGACACAGAACUCCUACCCCACGGGGGUCCUGGAACACAGGCUCAGCUCCCCCUGAGUUGGGGCUGGGGUGCCCAGGACCCGCCGGCCCUGACCUACCUCCAUCAGUGACCGGUCCUGCUGCGACACAUGCAGCAAGUGCAGGUUUCCAAUGAGCGGCAGUGGGCGUGGCCCAGGGGGCCAGCAAGGGGCGGGGGAGGGGGUGCGGGUGCAGGUUCGGAGCAGCCCCCAGAGCCCCAGGAGCAGCAGGAUCCCCAGGAGCAGCAGGGCCAUGAGGACGGCAGGCGGCAAGGCCCCAGCUCCCCACCCUGUGCCUUAUAGGCGGCUGGGAGGGCGUGUCAGCGCCUCACCCCCCCACCCUGAGAAUGUGAACCGAGCAGUUUGGAGGGGACAGCCAGGUAGCUUAAAGUGACAGGCGUGCGUGGAAUGUGGGGUCGCAUCUGUGGCAGGGAGCCAGGGGGCUGGGGCUGUCUGGGGGGCUGGUAUCUAGGCCUUGUGCUUGGGGCAUCUUCGUCCCUUGCCUGCUGAAGAGGACACACCGUGGUGGAUAGUCUGCCCCUCCUGCAGGCCUCUGCCUUCUGCCUCAGUCUCCCCAUCAGAACCGGGGCUUGUGGGGCCUUGGAACCCGGACCCGAGCUCUCAGGGGAGCUCUGAGCCUCCCUCAGCAGGGCCUAUGGGGUCGGAGGUCCGUGGAGGCCCUGGGAGUGGCCCCUGAGGGUCCGCACAGCAAAUGCCUCAAAUCCCAAGGCCUUCUGAGUGUCCCCUGCGAAGUGUCUGACGGCAAGCUUGCCCUCAGUGACAAAGUGCUCCCUGGUGGCUUUUCGAGCGCGGGGGUCACCUGGAGUGGGAGGCCUGGCCUGUGCAGGGCGGGGCAGGGUGGGCUGGCCGGGUUUACGAGCCCCAACUGUCUGUGCUGCACUCUGGUCUCCUGAAGCCUGGUGCCCCAAUUGGGAGGGGAGGAGGCGCCCCAUGGAAAGGAGCUGUGAGGGGAGGGGGGGCUGCUGGCAUCAGAAGUGGCUGGGCUUGCUCCGCACCACCUGCCCCGACAUGAGGCAGCGGGAACCCCGUCCCCAAGAGGGGCCCCUUGCAGCGGGGCCUGUCUCCUGGGGAUGCUGUCCACGCCCCUAUGCAAACCCCAGAGCCAAAGCAGCCCGAAGGCCCGCACCCCUUUCCAGCAUCCAUUUGCACACCUCCUGUGAUGGGGUGCUCACUGCCUCGUGGGCAGACCAUCCGGUUGCACAGCUGUGUGGUCGUGGUGAGGGAGGACAGCUCUCCAACUGUGUCUCCGGGUCAUUUGGGCUGAGUGCCAGGUACCAAGGCUGCUACUAGGUGCGUGGGCUGCGUGUUCUCGCGGCCCAGGACGGUCCACUUAAUUAAUUCCGCAAGCAUUUAUUGAGCACCUGUGUAUGCUAGGCUCCGCCAACAGCUAGGGUUACAGAAAUUGGUGGUCAGGGAUCCAGAAAGGGCCCCCCUAGCCCAGUGGAAGAGACCCACGUGGCAGGGGCUUUGCCUCUGAAAACACCCGGGCAUUUCUGUUGAGUAUUCGAGUCACAAGGUUUCGGAAGGGCAUUCCAGCAGAGAGGACAGCCGUGCAAACCCCGGAGCCGCAGCAAGCAAGGUGCUGGGUGGACAGCCGUGGGAAGGAGGGAAGGUGCAGUGCGGCCGGACGCGCUGGAGGCCCUGGAAAGACGGAGCCGGGAGGGACCCAGCGGAGUGCCCCCGCGUCCCUGGCUGGUGGUCCUGCGGAGCCAUGCAGCCCUGCCUGUCUGGGGACAGGCCUCAGGCGGGCCCUCAGUGAACCCACCUGGUGGGAGUCCUUUCCUGUAAAUGUGGGUAGAAUUUAUGCUCAGUGAAGCCCCGCCUUUUCAGGGUACAGAUCUGCAAGUUUUCACCAACUCCUACAGUCAUGUGACCACCCCCACGCUCAAGAUGUGAAACGGUCCCAUCCCCCCAGAUUCCCGCGCCUCCCAGGCCGAUCCUGGCCCUGCACCCCUGCACGCCUGCACCCGUGUCCUGUCCCUAUGGUUCUGCCUGAGCCAGAUGUCGUAGCCACAGCAGCACGGGCAGUAGGGCUACAGGGAUCACGGGCCAUGGGGCCACGGGGGGCACGGUGUGGGACUCCCAAGGCCUCAUGACUAGGGCUUGGGAACCAGGGAAGGUCGGCAGAGUAAUGAGUCCUGGAACGACCCCAUCCCUGGAACGUGUGAAAAUGUCAGGUUCCACGCAGAGGGGAUUCAGGUAGAAGGUGAAACUGAAUUUGCUUGUCAGCUGAGCCUAAACGAGGGAGGCUGUCCUGGCUUGUCAGUGGGGCCCAGUGGGAUCACAGGGCCCAGAGGGAAGGAGGCAGUGGAGAUGAGCCAGAACAAGGGCCUCGUGGGGGCUCCCAGGGGCUGGCUGGGCUACGGGGAGAGCGGUGUUGGACUCUGACCUCGGGACGAUGUUGAUGAACUUGUGUUUUCAAGCUUCAGGAGUGAGCGUUCCAGCAUCAGAGGCCACAACCUGUAACCUAUGACCUGGACCUAGCUUUGGUGUCACCUUAGGGGGGUUCCCGAGGCUGUCCCAGGUCGAAGGGGAGGGGAACUGGAUGGGGUAGGGGCAAGGUUCUAGAAGAGUCUGUGGAGGGUGGAGGUGAGGAGCGUCUGUCCCGUCUGCCCAUAGAGUCGGCCCUUGUCCCCUGGGGAUGGGCUCAGGGUCCCUCCUCCCCGAGGGUGUGGCUGCCUCCACGUGUCUCUGGUCCUGGGGCCCCGAUGCCCUGGACCUCACUGAUGCUGAUGGUGCUGGCGAGACCCCCCCAGGCCACCUCUCCGCCGGCUGCUCAGCUGGGGCCCUUCGCCUCCUGGGCCUAAAACUGCUUCAGCAACAAAUGUCCCUCCCACAGGGCCCUUCCUCAACAACUUCAAGAAAGGGCUGCUGUGCCCCUGGCUGCCCCCUGCCCUCCCACACUGGGGAAGGGUCCCGCUCAGGUCCCCAGCGGCCCCAGCCCUCACCCCUCCCUGUGUGAGACCAAGAACCACAGCUGGGCGUCUUAAACUCCAGAAAUGUACUCUCGUGGUUGGGACCAGAAGUGUGCACGGUGGUGCGGGCUCUCGGAGGGACCCGGCCUGCCGCUCCGGCCUCGCCCACCAUGGCCCACAGGGGGUCUCACCUCGAGACCCUCAUGUGCAGAGGCCACUGGGCUCCUCUUCCCUGGGCGCCACCCGUCAACGCACCACAGCAUCCAAAAAGGUCUUUCUCAGAUGGAGGUGUCCGUGGGGCCAUUUAUCCCUUUAAACAGAUAGCGGGCACACACCUGCUGGGGGCUCCAGAGUCCACCAGGGGCCGUCCAGGGAGUGGGCCCCGUCCCCACUGUGCUCCUCGCUUGUGUGUCCUCCCAGAGACCCUGGGUCUGCGUGUGCCUGCUUUUGCUGUGUUCAUAAUUGUAUUCACACGCCGCCAGCCGCUUGUGUUCUAGCCAGCAGUCGAGCAGUCCGACGAGUUCAUGUAUGUAUACGGCCGCAAAGCCCUCGCCACAUUCCAGACCGUGAACGUCCCUGUCCACCUCAGAGUCUCCUCCGCCCUUGUCUCCCUCCCUCUGUUCGCUCGCUUUUUGUUUUUGUGGUGACAAUGUGGCCGGAUCAGACCCGGGACGGCUGCCUCAUCUCCUCUCUGUUGUUCUGCCUCUCAUUCGAAAACCUCCUGCUCGAAAUACCUGUCCAGUUGCAAGGGGUAUGCUGUAAAGUAAGUUCCUAGAACCAGAAUCCCUGAGCCAAGGGGCUGCCGGGGGUGGGGGGGGUGUGCCCACUGUCCCGCCGCGGCCUGGCUCUCCCCACCACCUCCCCUGUGGAGGGCGUGGCGGGGGGGGGCUCGCCUUGCCGGCUCCCCACCCCCCAUGCCAGUGCUGGGUCGGGGGCUGCUGGGCUCCACUCUGCCCCCUCGCAUCUCUGCCCACCCCUCCAGUCAAGGCCAGCUUGCCGAUUUUCUCAGCAUGAAGAUCAACUUUCAAGCUCGAGACUCCUCAGCGUCAGGGCCCUGCCCUCACCUGGGCUCCAGCCACCUACGGACACCUUCCUCCAUGUCUCAUGGGAUCUGAACCCAACCUUUCUGUGCCAGCUGGGACUCUUUAUAGGGGGACGAUAACCCCAAGUGGCUGGAGCGGUGUACUGGGUGGACUGGCUUCCCCUACAACUCAUGUCUCCCUAGAACAUCAGAAUGGGCCCUUAUUUGGAAAUAGGGUCUUUGCAGAUGUAAUCAAGUACAGAUGAGGUCAUCCUGGAUUAGGGUGGCCCUAAGUCCAGUGACGGGUGUCCUUGUAAGAGACAGAAAAGUACAGGACACAGACACAGAGAGAAAUUCAGGUGACCCUGGAGGCCAAGACAGACGGUGUGGCCCCAAGCAAGGAACUCGGGCCGCCAGGAGCUGGACGAGGCGGGACCGACGUCCCCGAGAGCCCUCGGAGGGAGCACGGCCCUGCCCACCUCGGGUUCAGCCUUCUGGCCUCCAGACCUGGGAGAGAAUACGUUUCUGGUGGUUACGUUUUUGGAGCUUUGCUAUGGCAGUCCCAGACUCAUAUAAGUGGUGUUUAGGAAAAUUUCCCAAUACUCAGGAAUAAGGCAGGCGGGUGGCACUGUGUCCCUUCAUUGUAUCCUUGAAGUCAUGGCCCAGCCAGUCCUCCCGAGCAUCCUUUGACCCUCCCAGGGAGUGUCACCGCGUUGGACUUGCAUUUUUUAUUGAGCAGGCCCAGGUGCCUCAAGUUAGACAUUCACUUGGAGGAGACAGCAAAGCUCCAAGUGAUUGUUUCUCCUGUAAAACUGCAAAUCACUUCCGUCUGGCAGAUAAUCCUGAAGGUUACGGUUUAUUGCCCCGUGAUCUGUUAACCUGUUGGAGUCCAGCUUAGCAAUCCGACUCCAGCCUCCUUUCUUUUCCUCGGACCAGAUGUGGACAUACCGGGGUUGGGGCGCCCUUCUCAGAACCAGCUUUGCCAUCUGGCCAAACUCCUUCAUCCAUGCGUUAAAUGAAACUGACAGUUUCGGUGCGGUUUGUAUUUCUCUGAGAACUAUAUUUUCAUCCUUUCGGAAAAUAUACUUCUGCAGUAGAAUGUAUUAAAGUGGAAAGAUAUGCGAUAUCUAGGUUCAGGCAAGGUUCCACCAGGGGCUGUCUUCAAUGGGGGUGUCUCGGCCUGAGGUUGAGCGCCCCCAGCAGAUGCCAGCCACGUCGUCUCCACCAAAGCCGGCCCGCUCUGCAAGUUCUUGAGCGAAGCAAAUGAUGGCUGUUUUACUCCGCUGAGCUGGGGAUGUUGGUCAUACUGUCCUAGGUAGCUGGUACGCUGGCUGUGUCACCUCAGACAAGACUUAACCUCUUUGUGUUUCUCUACGUGUGAGAUGGGGGUAAGAACACCUGCCUAACCGGGUUCAUCCUUCAAGUACUAUUAACUGAACGUCUGCCGUGUGCCCGGCACUGUUCCAGGCCCCAGGCCAAACAGCCUAGCACGGAAGAGGGCCUCCAGAAGCGUCAACUCCUCCCCCACUCCUUGUAUCCGUGCACCGCAGAUAAAAAUCCCUUCCUCUCUCCCAGCCAAACAUCUCCUAUAAAGCAGCAAUCAUUUGCCAGGUACAGACGUGUCAAUUAAACACUGGCUGUCACCUCGGGGUCACCGGGCCUCCAGUGCUUCAUUGGUCCCUCAGGGCUGCUGGACAGAGAGGCUGCCAGCAACCUUGGGGGGCAGGGCUGUCCCCUUUACUGCUAAGUGGUGUGAUCUAGUCAGGUGGAAAAGUGCUAUUUGCUGGGUAAUAAAAGCGUCUUUUGUUCACUGCCCUGGAAACAUAUUAAUGAAUAACCCAGUACGUGGCCCCUGGUUCUAGCCGCAUAAAACGGUCGUUUAUGUGACAACAUCAAGGUGCAAUUUUCCUUUUGUAGUUUUUAGUGGGCGCAGAACACCAGGCUGAUCAAGGCCUCCACAGCUGCACUGGGCUUUCCCUGUGGACCCCCGCCAGCCCCCACCAACAUUCAGGGCCAGCACAGACACAGCUGAACGCAGCCUCAGACGCAGAGAUCCAGUGGUGCACACUGAGGAGGGGCAGGCGUGCUGGGGACCCAGCGAGUGGGGCGCUGGAUGCCUUCUGGAGGCCUUGAGGAGGGGGCAUGCCCUGAGGUGGGGGCGGUGGGGGCUUGUUGGCCAGGCACUUCUCUGCAAGGCCCCAGAGUUGCUGGAACGGCUCCUAGUCCCGACAUUCGAAGGAGGCAUGGUGCUGAAUCACGUCGGGGACCAGGGGCAGAUGGUGAAUGUAAAAGUUUCAAAGAGAAAUUCAUGAAGUGUCUCCGCGACAACAAAUUCGAAAACGCUUUGUGCAGAAAGGAAUCAAAAGCCUAUUUAGAAUGCAGAAUGGAGAGGCAGCUGAUGGCACAAGAACCGCUGGAAAAACUGGGAUUUGGAGAUUUGAUUGAUGGAAAACCAGAGGCUAAAACUAACUCUUGAUGGAAAGAAGACCGCUGGCUGCCCGGUCGUCGGGGAUGGAGCUCGUUGUGCGACCUCAUCAACUAAUGGCUUACAGUUAGGUGCUGUGACGUAGAGGCUUCCAGAACACCCUCCUUGACAGAAACAGCUCGUCCUGAUGUUUCCCAGGUUAUUUUGAAAAAUUAUUGUUGCUUUUAGAUCUCGUUUUCCCCCAAGAGUGUUAGGUAUUAUCUUUGCAUCGCGUGUGGCAGAGUUCCUAGGGAGUCCCUUGGUGGGCGGGAGGUAGGAGUGUGCGGAGUCACGCCUGCUUGGCGAGGGGACACGCGGCCUGGGUGACACGGUGACUCCAUAGUGCGGUACUGUGCGUAGCUUCCCGGUGCUGGCGUGCUGAGUCCUCUCGGCUUUGGCCUCCCACAGAGACACAGAUACUGGCAGAAACCAUUCCUGGACUAAACGGUUCCCUCGUUGUGCCUCUGUGUACGGUUCAUUUCUUGUGUUUUUAAAACAAAGUAGAGAGUGUGAACUUGGAAAGGAGAGACUGUCCGGCUUUUGACCUAUUUGACUUAGUGAUAUUUUUCUGGUAAUGCUUGAGUGCCAAGUACCUUUUAACCAAAGGCUCAUUUUCUGACCUGUGCAGAUGGUUUAUAAAACUAGCUUAAUUACAACGACCUGUUCAUUGUAACUGAGAGACGGGGUGUCAGGACGCCUGUAGUACGCCUCCCACACAUGGUCUUCCAGGGUCUCCCUCUGGAAGAGCACCCACGCUGACACGUGUUAGGCAGGGCCCCCGGCGCUGACGUCGGUCCGGGCCGCCACCAGAACUGCCUGUAGUCAUUUAAACCUCACAUGUACCCAAACGCUGGCCAGGAUUUCUGGGCGGCUUCGAUAUGUGGCCAGGGUACUGACGCACACACGGACUGCCCCGUGUGUGUGGGUCUGGGCCCAGACAGCUGGCUUUGGUCCCAGUGUGGCUAAUGGAAGACAGUGGACGCAUCCCCACUCGUUCAGUGCCCCUGGAGGGGACAGCCAGCCAUGACCCAGGUCUGGGUUCCUGAAAGUCGCCACUGCCCACUCCUCGGCCGUGGGUGGUAGAGGCGUGUCCGUGUCCAGUUGUCUGCCUUCAGGUCCCUCUGUUUUCAGUCCUUCCGUGGUGGAUGCCUCAUGGCCUAGACCCUCCCUGAAGUUUGUGCCUCCCGCGGCCGGUGCCAUUUCCACGGUGCUGACUCUGCCCCGUUCGCCACGUGCGUGCUUUAGCACCUCCUGCUCCCGUCCACCGUUUGUCGCGGCUCAGUGUUUGUGUCUGUCUUACCCUGACAUUGUGUUACAGACUUUUUUCAUGUUACUGUCCGGCUGAUGGAGUGUCUUGGCUUUUAUCACUAAACCAAACUGAGCCAUGAUACUAGUUUGUAUUUGCUAACUGUACAGAAUUGCACGUGCACAGGGCCGUUUCUGCAGCAUCGUUUGUAAUUCACGACACAGAAGUGCCCCGGGUGCCCACACGUGCGAGCCUCAGGGAAGUGUGGCUCACGUGGGGCAGAGCGCGGGGUUGUGAACUGACACGGGCUGAUCUCCCAGCGCAGGCGCGCUGUAUGGGAGACAGACUCUAGAAGCAUCUGUGGUAGCGUCAACGAGGAAGACAGCAAACGAAGCGUGUGCACAUUUGUGCAAACACGAAGUUGAGGGAGGACAGCGCCGACGCAGAGGAGGAUGGCUGCCGGCAUGUGUGGAGCUCUGACUCUGAGCCAAAGUCCUGUUCCCCGUGCUCAAAGUGACGCACGGUGGGGGUAGGGCACGGCGCGCCCCGCAGCUGUGGAAAGCAGCAGUUGGCCGGGCUGCGGACGAGAAGACAGGUCUGUCCUCCGGCCAGCUCUGAAACUGAGUGUUCUAGGACCGGAGAGCUGGAGCGCGGAGAGCCCUGUCGUGUCACAGUUACGGUGGCUGGACAGAGAGACGGACUUCGGUGUGUGCGUGCAUCCUCGUGCACCUGCCAGCUCUGAGCACCCAGGGGCCUCGAGCCACGACACCCAGGCAGGGGCACACCCACGCCCCAUCUUAGCUGGGGCGCCGCCCCCAACGGCUGGAACCAGGCUCCUGAAGGAAGGGCUGGCUGGUGUCCUGGCCAGAGCGGGAAAUCCAGCCUGAGGCUGGACCGUUUUGUGUCAGAAAGUACAGAACGGAAAUAGGACGGGGGCUUGUGGGAAGAACACAGGCCCCCCAGGGAGCCACAUCUGGGCCAGUUUGAGCAACAGAAUGUUGUAUUGGGUUAUGGUCUUCAGAAUCAGCUACUCUGCACGGGUCCACGCUGACAUAAGUCACUAAUGUGAUCGACCUGUGAGGGGAGGGACAGCUCCUGGCGGUGGUCUGUCCUGCGCAGACGCAGCAAGGGUAGGGGGGACAGCAGUCACAGCCCAGCGGCAAGGGGUGCAGACGAGAACCGGCUGGGGCCUGGGGUCGGGCCGCGUGUGCUGUGAAACCUGUGUUUGCCUGGUCUGGGGACCUCCCCUCAGGCCGCAGUAGAGACGUCGGUGUGGUCAUGCUUGGUGACCUGCCCACGGCUAGUGUCCCCCUCUGACGCCCUCCCGGGGCGCGCUCACCUCACUGCAGGGAGCAGACUCCACAGUGCGCACAGUCUGCAGAGUGAGGACCGGCAGACGGGCGCUCUUCACGGGCCUCACCGUCUGAGAGACGAAACUGUGCAGAGGGGUCUGGGGAGACCGACAGACUGCCGCACGGGCCCCGGGCCAGGAAGGACAGUGGCUGGCAGCCACCAGGGCUGGUUACCAGGACGCUUGGAUUCCUGCUCUGUGAUUGCAGACGGUGUCAUUUGGGGAAGCUGGGUAUAUGAACUCUGUCCUAUUUUUGUAAAUUUUUGGAACUCUAAAAUUAUUUCAAAAGGAAAAAAGUAUUUUGCAUUAAACUGUGUGGUUGAACUCUC